AUGACUGGAUUUCUAGGCAGCCAGGUGCUUCGGGUAUUGCUUGAGGACCCCAGUGUGGGCCGCAUUGUGGGCCGCAUUGUGGGCUUAGUGCGUUCGGGAAGUGAAACAGAAGCCCGAGACAAGAUACGAGCUCAUGCUCAACUUGGACAAUGGUGGCGUGAUGAGUUUGACUCUCAAAUUGAAGUAUGGCUUGGGGACUUGAGUCUUCCAAGGUUGGGGCUUGACGAUGCGCGUUGGACGGAACUUACGGGUCAGAUGCGCAUCGAUGGAAUCAUCCACAACGGUGCCCGAGUCAACUGGCUAGAUGAUUUCUCGACGCUGAAGCCCACCAAUGUCGACAGCACUCUCACUCUGCUGGAUGCCCUGUCCACUAUGCCAACACCGUGUCCAUUCACAUACGUUUGCGGGGGAUAUCUCCCAUCGCCAACAGAAACUCGAGAGCAAGUUUUGAAUAAUCUCGCUCAUGCAUGUGGAUAUGAUCAAACCAAGUUUCUGUCACGGAUGAUGGUAGAGAGAUACAAUCGCCAGCUUGAUCAAAGGCCAUAUUCAUUCGUCUCGCGGGCACGAGUGGUACAGCCGGGGUUUCUGACAGGUACGAGAUGGGAAGGAAUCGCCCAUCCCGAAGACUUCCUGUGGCGCCUUGCUUACAGCAUUCUGUCUCUUGGAGCAGUGAGCGAUGAUCUGCAGAAAGCACAUCUUCCGGUGGCCGGGGUCGACCAAAUGGCUUCCCUUGUGGUGAACAGUGUUUUGAGACCGCAAGGUAAACACGCAGUGGAUUGCCACGAUGGGGUGUCGAUCGAGAGCUUGUGCAGCAUUCUCAGUUGGCGAAGUGGUCGACUGAUCAAGACCGUGGGUCACAGCGAGUAA